GGCGGUGGGUAGAAAGGUCCUGGGCGUGGGGGCUGCUGGGAACGUAAGAGGUCUUGGAGGGCUGGUUUGUGUGUCUGUUUAUAGGGGAGCCCGGCUCCUCCGUGGAGGGAGGGGACUUUUUCUUCCCGCCGACUUUCCUGGGCUCUUCCUUUUCCUUCGAUUGACCUGCAGGGAGAGGAUGUAUAUUUCUGGGGUAAAUUGUGAAGAUGUUGAAGUUUAAAUAUGCCAUGCGGAGUCCGACGGAGCCAGCCUCUAUGGAGUCCAUAGCUAGCCGUGCUUCUCGGCUGAACCUGCUCUUUCAGGGGAAGCCACCCUUUGUGACUCAACAGCAGAUGUCUCCUCUCUCCCGGGAAGGCAUCCUUGAUUCCCUAUUCGUUCUUUUUGAAGAAUGCAGCAAUCCUUCUUUAAUGAAAAUUAAACAUGUAGGCAACUUUGUAAAAAAGUAUUCAGAGACCGUAGCUGAAUUACGGGAACUGCUGCCUAGUGUGAAGGAUUUUGAAGUAAAAAGUCUGGUGGGAAGUGGUCAUUUUGCAGAAGUACAGGUGGUGAGAGAGAAGGUGACGGGUGAUGUCUAUGCUAUGAAGGUGAUGAGCAAGGAGUCCUUGUUGGCACGAGAACAUGUGUCAUUUUUCGAGGAAGAACGGAGUAUAUUAUCUCGGAGUAGCGGUACCUGGAUCCCACAGUUACACUAUGCAUUUCAGGACAAAAAAAAUCUCUACUUGGUUAUGGAGUAUCAACCUGGAGGAGACUUAUUGUCACUCUUAAACCGAUAUGAAGACCAACUAGAUGAAAGUAUGGUGCAGUUUUAUUUAGCAGAGCUGGUUUUGGCCAUUCACAGUGUCCAUCAGAUGGGCUAUGUACACCGAGAUAUCAAACCAGAGAAUGUUCUCAUUGACCGACUAGGACACAUUAAACUUGUGGACUUUGGAUCAGCUGCCAAAAUGACAGGGAACAAAACGGUGAAUGCCAGGCUGCCUGUUGGCACCCCAGACUACAUGGCACCAGAGAUGCUAACUGUUUUGAACGGGGAUGGUAAAGCUUCACAUGGCCCAGAGUGUGAUUGGUGGUCUUUGGGAAUCAUUGCUUAUGAUAUGAUAUAUGGAAAAUCUCCAUUCACUGAAGGGACCUCAACAAAAACCUUUAAUAACAUCAUGAACUUCCAGAGGUUCCUGAAGUUCCCAGAAGAUGUGAAAGUCAGUAAUGAAUUUCUUGAUCUGGUCCAGAGUCUGCUAUGUGGGCCGAAGGAGAGACUAGAUUAUGAGGGUCUCUGCUGCCAUCCAUUCUUCUCUAAAAUUGACUGGAAUAACAUCCAUAAUACUCCUCCCCCCUUCGUUCCUACCCUCAGGUCUGAUGAUGACACCUCAAAUUUUGAUGAACCAGAGAAGAAUUCGCGGGUUUUAUCCUCUCCACGGCAGUUGAACCCAGCCGUCUUCUCGGGUGAAGAUUUGCCGUUUGUAGGGUUUUCCUUCAUCAAGGCUCUGGGGAUCCUCAGAUCAGAGUCUGUUGUCUCGGUGUUGGACUCUCCAGCUAAGAUCAGCUCCAUGGAAAAGAAACUCCUUCUAAAGAGCAAAGAGCUGCAGGACACCCAGGACAAGUGUCACAAGAUGGAGCAGGAAAUGACGCGAUUGCACCGGAGGGUGUCAGAGGUGGAGGCUGUACUAAGCCAAAAGGAGGUGGAACUGAAAGCCUCUGAGACCCAGCGAUCCCUCCUGGAGCAGGACCUGGCAACCUACAUCACAGAAUGCAGUAGCUUAAAGCGAAGCCUGGAACAGGCGCGGUUGGAGGUGUCUCAGGAGGAUGACAAGGCGCUACAGCUUCUUCAUGAUAUCAGAGAGCAGAGCCGAAAACUGCAGGAGAUCAAAGAACAGGAGUAUCAAGCCCAGGUGGAAGAGAUGAGGUUGAUGAUGAAUCAGUUAGAAGAGGAUCUUAUUUCAGCUCGUAGACGUAGUGAUCUCUAUGAAUCGGAGUUGAGAGAGUCACGAUUGGCAGCUGAAGAAUUCAAACGUAAAGCUACUGAAUGUCACAACAAACUACAGAAGGCUAAAGACCAUGGGAAAACUGAAGUAGGAGAGCUGUAUUCCAAACUGGAGAAGAUCAAUACAGAGCAGCAAACCAAAAUCCAGGAGCUGCAGGACAAGCUGGCAAAGGCUGUGAAAGCCAGUUCUGAGGCAACUGAACUUCUUCAGAAUAUCCGUCAGGCAAAGGAGAGAGCAGAGAAAGAGUUGGAGAAAUUGCAGAAUCGGGAAGACUCUAAUGAAGGCAUGAAAAAGAAACUGCUUGAAGCAGAGGAACGGCGCCAUUCUCUGGAGAAUCAAGUGAAGAGAUUAGAGACUGUGGAACGCAGAGAAAACCGACUAAAGGAAGAUAUUCAGACUAAAUCUCAGCAGAUUCAACAGAUGGCAGACAAAAUUUUGGAGCUGGAGGAGAAGCAUCGUGAGGCUCAGCUGUCAGCACAGCAUCUGGAAUUGCAGCUGAAACAGAAAGAGCAGUUCUAUGACGAAAAAAUCAAAGUGCUGGAUGCUCAGAUGAAGAAAGAUCUUGCCGAUAAGGAAGCACUUGAGAAUAUGCUGCGAAGACAUGAAGAAGAAGCACAUGAGAAAUGCAAAAUUCUGGCUGAGCAGAAGGCGAUGAUCAAUGCCAUGGAUUCGAAGAUAAGGUCACUGGAGCAGAGAAUAGUGGAAUUGUCUGAGGCUAAUAAACUGGCAGCAAAUAGCAGCCUUUUUACACAGAGAAACAUGAAAGCCCAGGAGGAGAUGAUCUCAGAGCUCAGACAGCAGAAGUUCUACCUGGAAACACAGGCGGGGAAGUUAGAGGCCCAGAACCAAAAACUAGAAGAGCAAUUGGAGAAGAUCAGUCUUCAGGACCAUACUGACAAGAACCGUCUGUUGGAGUUAGAGACUAGACUGCGAGAGGUUAGCUUAGAGCAUGAAGAACAAAAGCUGGAAUUGAAACGACAAUUAACAGAAUUGCAGCUGACUCUCCAGGAAAGAGAAUCUCAGAUUUCAGGGCUUCAAGCUGCACGAUCGGCCCUAGAGAAUCAGCUCCGUGAGGCUAAAACUGAACUAGAGGAGACUACAGCUGAGGCAGAGGAGGAGAUUCAAGCUCUCACGGCACAUAGAGAUGAAAUCCAGCGUAAAUUUGAAGCCCUUCGUAAUAGCUGCACAGUGAUUACAGACUUGGAAGAACAGCUGAACCAGCUGAGUGAGGACAAUGCAGAACUGAACAAUCAGAAUUUCUUCCUGUCAAAGCAACUUGAUGAGGCCUCUGGGGCCGGUGAUGAGAUAGUACAGCUGCGAAGUGAGGUUGACCACCUCCGUCGAGAGAUCACUGAGAGGGAGAUGCAGCUCACCAGUCAGAAACAAACAAUGGAGGCCUUGAAGACAACAUGCACAAUGCUAGAAGAGCAGGUGAUGGACUUGGAGGCCCUGAAUGAUGAACUGCUAGAGAAGGAACGUCAGUGGGAAGCAUGGAGAAGCAUUCUAGGGGAUGAGAAAUCCCAGUUUGAAUGUCGGGUGCGAGAGUUACAGAGAAUGUUGGACACAGAAAAACAGAGCCGAGUGCGAGCAGAUCAGCGUAUUACUGAAUCCCGCCAGGUGGUAGAACUAGCCGUUAAAGAACACAAAGCGGAGAUUCUUGCUCUUCAGCAAGCACUGAAAGAGCAAAAACUCAAAGCUGAGAGCCUUUCUGACAAGCUCAAUGACUUGGAGAAGAAGCAUGCAAUGCUGGAGAUGAAUGCACGCAGUUUACAACAGAAGCUUGAGACAGAACGUGAGCUCAAACAGAGGCUUCUGGAAGAGCAGGCAAAGCUGCAGCAGCAAAUGGAUCUGCAAAAAAAUCACAUCUUCCGCCUGACUCAAGGCCUUCAAGAAGCUCUGGAUCGAGCAGAUCUUUUGAAGACUGAAAGGAGUGACCUUGAGUACCAACUGGAAAACAUUCAGGUUCUCUAUUCCCAUGAAAAGGUGAAAAUGGAGGGCACUAUUUCUCAGCAAACCAAACUCAUUGACUUCCUGCAAGCAAAGAUGGACCAGCCAGCCAAAAAGAAAAAGGGCCUGUUUAGUCGGCGGAAAGAGGACCCUUCUUUACCCACACAGGUUCCCCUGCAAUACAAUGAGCUGAAAGUGGCAUUGGAGAAGGAGAAGGCUCGUUCUGCUGAGCUGGAGGAGGCUCUACAGAAAACACGCAUUGAACUCAGAUCUGCUCGAGAAGAAGCUGCCCAUCGGAAAAUAACAGACCACGGUCAUCCAUCCACUCCGGCCACAGCCAGGCAGCAGAUCAUCAUGUCUGCCAUAGUCCGCUCCCCAGAGCAUCAGCCAACUCCCAUCAGCCUGCUUGCUCCACCCUCAAGUCGCAGAAAGGAGUCCUCCACACCAGAGGAGUUCAGUCGGCGUCUGAAAGAGCGAAUGCAUCACAAUAUCCCUCAUCGUUUCAAUGUGGGGCUAAAUAUGAGGGCAACAAAAUGUGCAGUGUGUCUGGAUACUGUGCACUUUGGACGUCAAGCAUCUAAAUGUCUUGAAUGCCAAGUGAUGUGUCACCCAAAGUGCUCAACAUGCUUGCCAGCUACGUGUGGACUGCCUGCAGAAUAUGCUACACACUUUUCUGAAGCUUUCUGUCGGGACAAAUUGAACUCUCCAGGACUGCAGCUGAAGGAGCCAAGCAGCAGUUUACGUCUGGAAGGAUGGAUGAAGGUGCCAAGGAAUAAUAAGCGUGGACAGCAGGGCUGGGAUAGGAAAUUCAUUGUCCUGGAAGGAACUAAAGUGCUAAUUUAUGAUGCCGAAGCAAGAGAAGCUGGACAGCGGCCUGUGGAGGAGUUUGAGCUGUGCCUUCCUGAUGGAGAUGUAACUGUUCAUGGGGCUGUAGGAGCUACUGAACUUGCCAAUACAGCAAAGACAGAUGUGCCAUAUAUACUAAAGGUGGAGUCUCAUCCACACACCACAUGCUGGCCUGGUAGGACACUCUACUUACUACCAUCUACUUUCCCUGAUAAGCAGCGCUGGGUCACUGCUUUGGAGUCAAUAGUGGCAGGAGGGAGAGUUUCCAGGGAAAAAGCUGAGGCUGAUGCUAAGCUGCUUGGAAACUCUCUGUUGAAGCUUGAGGGGGAAGACCGUCUGGAUAUAAAUUGCACAAUGCCCUUCAGUGACCAGGUAGUACUCGUUGGUACAGAGGAAGGUCUCUAUGCCCUGAAUGUGUUGAAAAAUUCCUUAACACACAUUCCAGGACUUGGUGCUGUUUUCCAAAUUCACCUCAUAAAGGAUCUGGAUAAACUGCUCAUGAUAGCAGGAGAAGAGAGGGCUCUGUGUCUUGCUGAUGUAAAGAAAGUGAAGCAGUCUCUAGCUCAAUCUCACCUCCCAGCCCAGCCUGAUAUCUCACCAAACAUCUUUGAGGCUGUCAAGGGAUGUCACCUUUUUGCUGCUGGCAAGGUUGAGAAUGGACUCUGCAUCUGUGCAGCGAUGCCCAACAAAGUGGUGGUUUUGCGCUAUAAUGAGAGCCUCAGCAAGUUCUGCAUCAGGAAGGAGAUUGAAACUUCAGAGCCCUGUAGCUGUAUCCAUUUGACCAAUUACAGCAUCAUCAUCGGAACCAACAAGUUCUAUGAAAUUGAGAUGAAGCAGUAUACCCUGGAGGAGUUUCUUGAUAAGAAUGACCACUCCUUAGCCUCUGCUGUGUUUGCUUCUUCCACCAAUAGCUUCCCAAUCAGUAUCAUACAGGUGAACCCUACAGGACAGAGGGAGGAGUACCUGCUUUGUUUUCAUGAGUUUGGUGUCUUUGUGGAUUCCUAUGGAAGGCGCAGUAGGACAGAGGACCUGAAAUGGAGUCGCUUGCCUUUGGCUUUUGCCUACAGAGAACCCUACCUGUUUGUGACUCAUUUCAAUUCCCUUGAAGUGGUUGAGAUUCAGGCACGUGCUUCUCUAGGCACUCCUGCACGAGCCCACUUGGAUAUCCCAAAUCCUCGGUAUCUAGGGCCAGCAAUUUCAUCUGGAGCAAUUUACCUGGCCUCCUCCUAUCAGGACAAAUUAAGAGUGAUCUGCUGUAAGGGAAAUCUAGUGAAGGAGUCCAACAAUGAACACCACAGAGGAUCCUCAGCUACACGCAGCUGUCCGCGCCCAUUGUUUUUGAAUGACAGCAGCCCUAAUAAGAGAGGUCCCCCCACAUAUAAUGAGCACAUAACCAAGCGGGUAGCGUCAAGCCCAGGACCACCAGAAGGUCCAAGCCACCCUCGAGAACCAAGCACACCACAUCGGUAUCGAGAAGGAAGGACAGAGCUGCGCAGGGACAAGUCUCCUGGGCGACCACUGGAGAGAGAAAAAUCUCCAGGCAGGCUUCUGAGUACCCGCCGAGAAAGGUCCCCUGGAAGAUUGUUUGAAGAGACCAGCAGAGGGCGAACGCCUGUGGGAGGUGCAAGAACUCCACUCUCACAAGUCAAUAAGGUCUGGGACCAAUCUUCAGUAUAAGUCUCAGCUAGACAAACUUACUCCUCAUCGUGAUCUGCAGGAAAAACAAAGGAAAUGUACUGAGUAUAUGCACUCCAUGCUUCUGCUGCCCAGUCACCAAAUCAACCUUCUUGGGCCAGAACUGGCUCCAUGUCAGGAGACACGUGACUCUAACAAGGAUUGUCUGCCUCUCAGUUUAUUUCCCUGCACCUUCCUGCAGUCAUACUUUUUGCACUUUGUACUACUGUUACUCUUUCAAGCAGUUCAUAAACUUUUUGUACUCUAGCUUUAGUCCUUAACAGUUCAUCAAGGAAAUCACAUUGGGAUGAAGAUCCCAACCCAAAUCUUAAUGUGGUUAGCACCAUUUACCAGAUAUUAAAUCAUAGUUUUGAAAAAGAUGCUGGAAUUUGUCAUGGCCUUGUAAACUGAAAGGCCAUGGUGACUCGGUUGCAAUAGACAGCAUCACUGGAUAUUCUCUACCGAGCUCUAGAGAAUUAAUCUGAAUCCGUUUGUUCCCCCGCUGCUUUCAAGGCUCAUUCUCUUUUGUUCUCAGUAAAAUUGCCCCAAUGCAGCUUUGUUCAGCUGGAUGAUGAGGGCAGAUCACCUAAUUAGAUGGUCACAAUCCCCCAUGCCCUAAAACAAAGUGCAUUGUCUCUGACGUACUGGGGUACAAGACUCUUGACCCAGGUUUUCUGCAUGGCAAUUCACUGCAUGCUGCUGCACCAUCACUCUGGCUGCUCUCUCCUUUUAGGUUGCUGUGCUAAGUAUUGUAUUGUACCUCACUUGUAAAUUAAUUGAAGCCUUUACAUUACGCUGCAAAAUAACCGCCAUGAUUUACUGGAGAAUUUGGCACAGAAGAGAGUUACAAUCCUUAUUAUAUGACAAGAGAACUACAAUCACUAGCCCUCACCUUCACACGCCCCAGUGUUAAACACAAUCCAUUCAGAAAUCCUUAUAGUCAUCAUUUUCCAUAGAGGCCACUCCUCUCAAUGGUUGACAGGUUGCCCCCCGGUCUCCCAAGAACUUCAGAGGAAAGCAUGAGAAAGUAAGUGCACAGAAUUGUCAUCUCUCAAAACAAAGUUCUUCUUUCCUGUUCUGAUUGUAUCUUGUUGUACAGUAAGACCUAAGAGUCACGGCACUAGAGGAUACUUGCAAUAAACAGCUUUGGCGGUUACCGAACACCUCACCUUUGCUUUUGCCUCUAACCUCAAGCCAUUUAUUGCUUCAUAUUCUCCAAUGCCAUGAACAUUAUCCCUUGUAACUGAGCCAGAGAGCAAAUGAUUUUCAAGGCAGGUUUUGACCAUUCAGUCUGCUUCAGUGACAUGCUGAGUAAACAAUCAUGUUCUCUAUAAAUGCAAAAGAGCAAAACUGCAUCCAGUUUUCUCGGUGGCCAAGCCUUUUAUCUUCUGCUUGUCCCUUGCCAGCCAGUGCUAACCUGUCCAAGACACCCAUAAACCUCCGAAUGCCUUGUCAGUGCCCUUUGGCGAGUUUCAUGGAUAUUGUGUUCUGUUCUCUUGUCUGUUGGGUUAUUUUAGACCAGAUGAUUUGGCAGGAAACGUGCUGAAAUGUGUCUCUUGGUCUCAGUAUUUUGAAAGGUCACAGAGAUCAGUCUUUAAAUCUUUGCAUCUCAUGGAAGAUCUUCAUGACCUGAGAAAUGGGCUUGUCAAGUCCUGAAAGUGUAUAUCUUGUGUCUUGUUUGUGAAAUGCUUCCUGCUAUAGAAAUAGCUCAAAGGACUGUACAUAUUUACAAGAAACUUUAUAUUCGUAACAAAAGGGAAUUGAAUCAGUUUCUACUUUUUUAUUGUAAACUGUGCAUUUUUCAACACUAGCUUUUUGUUUUAAUGGUGGUUGUGGACAGCCAUCUUCAGACAUUGGAGGGGCCUCAGCUUAAUCCUCCCAGAUCCCAUGAAGAAAUAUUGUAACAUUAAAUUGCAAUCGAAAGCUUGUUAGCAUAAAUGAGGUUUUAGGUAUCUAAAAGUACAGGAUUUUUCUUCAUUACCUUUUUAUUAUUGACAAGGGAGGGAAUCAGAGGUACAGAUCAAGCUCCACCUGGAAAAUAUUGAACUUUGUUGUUGAACAAUAACCAAAUAAAACAAUUAACUAUAUUAACUAGCAUGGUGAAAUGACCUUUUCCUUCCAUAUAGGGUACCGCUAAGCCAUUCUAACAGAUCAGCCAAUAUUCAGAGCUACGUAAUUGAUAGGAGUGUAAGCUUACCAAAGAGCUCACCUUCAGAAUAUUCUGUCUUUUAGCAGACAUCUUCCCCUGAACAAGUAGCAUAUGUGCUAUCAGAAAAUUAAAGCAUAUUGACUUGGACUGAAACAGAGGCGGAUUUGACCGGAUUUUUAGCUAGUAGUGGUGAGCCCCUAGAUACACAUCUAUUGAUGGUGGUAGAGAUACACAUGAAUAUCUGGAAGACGAAUCUGGCCCUUGGCAAAUAAUCCAGACACACAAUUUCAGCUAGGAAUAAACCCCUUUAAUUGCCAACAGCAUAGUCUAAUGCUGCUGCUGCUCUAUUGCAGCGGUGUUUUAAUAGGAAGGGGAACAGUGAGUUAUUCAUCCCACCAUCUUAAUAUUCUGGUGCUGUAAUGCCUGAGAGCUGCAAUUUUUUAAAAGCCUACACAAAUAUAAUUCAGAUUGUACUCAAUCUGCCAAGUUACUGUACAUCUUAAUAAUUUACACCUGGUGGGAAAACUCUCUCAAUCAGACUUAAAUGUAAAUACAACUAUUUUUAACAAAACAAUUUUUACAGUCUCUGAAGAAUUCUUUCACAGGAAGAGUUUUUAAUAUUCACUCUGCGGCCUGCGGUGACUUAUUUUAUUUCUGUCAUUGUUUUGUGCACAAAAUACCCCCAUCCUCCCUAUGAAGGUUUUUCUUGGUGGGCGUGUGGGAGAAUGACUAAUAGCUACUAUUACACUUUGGUCUACACAACAUUUUCCAUGGAAAUGUUCUGCAUAAAGCCAAACUGCUUGAUUUAUCUAUUGUGCCUGCUCUCUGAUGUAUCUGAUGAAAUGCUAACUUGUUAAAUGUUCCUUUAUUUCUAUUUUAAGAAUACAUAUUUAAAACUCAUUGUUUCAGUCCUAUGGUGCAUGAUCAGAAUUGUAACAAAACUAAAAGAGUUCAGAAACUGGUGAAGUAAAAUAUUUAUUAAGCCUUCUGACUACCAUGAACACUGCACAAAUUCUCACUGUCACCUUGACCGUAUUGUCAGUGCUGAAAUUUACUGGAGAAAAAGUAUUGUCUAUUGCAAAAUUCUUCAGGUUUACUCACAUGAAGGAGAAAUACUGCACUGCACCUAUCUCCAACUCUAGCCUCCUAGCAACAGCCAAGACGCACCAAAUCCAAGUGGGCAUAUAAAGUAGCAGCUACGCUAUCCCCCUUUGCACCCAGAUUUUCCUUGUGGAGGGAUUUAAUUCAUUGGGUUAUAGAAAAUGAGCUCAAUACAAUGAUUCGGACUCAUGUUCACUUCUUACAAGAAUCCAACCCAUAGGGCUGCCUAUGGUUUAACAAAAUGUUGCCCUGUGGCACAUGGCCCAAAGCCAUUUCAGAGUGCUGCUAUUUCACGAAAGGUCAAAACUGACAAUGUCAGUGCUUCAGUACAGAGAAUGUGUGUUCUAUAGAAACAUCUCCUGUCCCAAGAGUGGGACUGGAAUAUGGCCCGAGUAUUACGGUUGACACCUGCUAUCAGCUCCAGCUGAGGAAAGUGGAUUGUGGAGUGGCUGAGGUGGAGGUGGACUACGGCACUAUUGCAGUUGUGUACUGUGGUGUGAUACUGACUGGGGAUUAGCCUUUAGCACCAGAGGAAUACCCCACCUUAUUUCUAAAGGAGUGGGAGCAGCGAUUCAUUCUGCUUCAGCCCAGGAAAGUGGAGUCAAAGUGAUGACCAUUAACUUUUCUCCAUCAUUUGUUGGCGAAAGGUGAGAAGUAAUUAAAGGAUCUUUCUGCAUGUGUAAAGCUGGGGCUAUACUACGCUUAGGUCCACAUAUAAAGAAGGGGGCUGAUUGUCUAUUUAAUUAUUAGGCAUGGAAGGAAGCUGAGGCUGCUAUUCAAUUAAACACAAAGGGCUGGCCCUGUUUGCUGCAUACAGCUCAAUGCAGGUGCAAGAAGGCACUUUGUGACACUAGUUCAACAGCUAUUACACAGGCCAGCUGCCUGUAAACUCAUUUGAGCUGUAUUAAGACUGAAUCUUUGCCUGCUUGAACUAAAAACCACCAGAUUUACCACACACACAGCUGUUUGUGGCAAAAGAAACUUUCAACAGAGGACAAAUUUUUUUCAAGAUCCCAAAGUUAGCUAUGUAAUGCCUCCCCACCCAUACCCAGCCAAAGGGUGUGUGUGACCACUAAAUAAAUGACAAACCACUGUCAAACACCUAUACUAAACAGAUUUAUGGGUUUUGAGGUGAGGCCAUAUCAUAAAAUGGGUGUGCUGCAAAAAUUUCAGCCAGCUCUUCAGCAUGGCUGGCUUUGUUUUUGACAUGGAUAUUUUACUAAGAAUGGAUGUAUGGCCACCCACCUUAAAAGCAAGCACCUAAAAACAUGGUAACCCAGGUACUGCAUGGUGGUUUAGUGCCCAGUAUGGCCUUAGCAGUGGUCUAGAUUCCUUCCUUUCUGAGCUCCCUCAAAACACAGCUAGCCACUGUAACUAAGGCUGCGAUUCCGUUAGAGGUUGUGGUUUCUGUGACAUUCUGCAACCUCCGUAACUCCCACAGCCUCUUGGGUGCCCUGUGGCUAGCUGCACCGGCCACUGCUUGGGCGGCCCCGGGCAGCACCCAAGUAGCCAGUGUGGCUGGAGCAGCAACACCGCGAAGUGCCAGAGCAGUGGGGCCUUAGGAAGAGCGAUUUAGACAUUGUGGGUAUUUAAGUCACGGCCAGGUCAAAGGCCAUGAAUUUUUGUUUAUCCAUGACUUCAUUAAAAGAACCCAUGACUAAAUCUUGGCCAUGUGCUAGAAAUUUGCAGGGGCCAUUCAAAGGCAGAUUAACCUUUAUGCACUGAAGUUUUGGGGGUGCAGGACUGACUCUGGGAGCCACUCACAUUCUUCCAUUCCAUUCUUUCAUGUUCAGUCGUCCUCCAAAGGCAGAAUAUGUAACAGGUCAGCCACUGGCACAAUGGGCUCAAACAUUUCCCUGUCUUCCACAGCAGUGUGAGCGCUGCCCUGUAGGGCCUCAAACAAUGAGCUUUAAUUCUCUGAACAGAGUGAGUUCAAAACACGAGGCUUUUUCUAUUUGGCAAUCCCUGUGGGGAAAAGUCUUACCAGCUCUCCAGGUGUGCUGAUAUUCUGGAGCCCAGCAAAAAAAGCUUUGCAGCCCAAUGGUGGGCCAGCCUGUGAUGCAAUAUAAAGAAGGUUGCAGCAUCAUGUUAUUUAUAAAUGGUUGACUAACAGCCUCUGUCUUCAACAAAUAUUUGUGCUCAUCUUCCUCUGCAAUGCUGCUGGAAAGUUUUGAAAGAAGUGAUCCACGUGUAGACAUAAUUGGAAAAUACAUGAAGCUUAGCUCAAGCUAAUGACUUAUUUGAGCACAGCUCUUCCUUCCUGUUCCAUUCCCUGAAUCUUUGAACAAUUUAUUUUUCUUGCUGUUGGGUCACUUCAAGGAUUCCUUUAUUCUCGUAUGAAUUAACCCUCAUUUAUUCAAAACAUGCAUUGCAAUUUCACUGCUUGCACAAACUCUAUUUGAGAAUAAUCACUUCUUGAAAUCUGCUAUUACAGGUUUGCUUUAAAACCAACUCUGAUUGGAUCUCCCACUAAAUAUUCCAUCCCCUUCCACAUCCUACUGUCAAUCAGUAUGCUAGGUGACUAGUGCACUUAGUACAUAUGUCCUAAUCUAGAUCAUUAUGCUCAAAUUACAUUUGUUAUCUAUUGCCAAACUUUAAAUAGUGCAUGUAACUGACCGUCAGUAGCUUCAAUGUCAGGAUACUCUAUUAGCUAAUAUUUAUGACUAUUAUAUAGCUUUUUUACUCUGCAGUACACCUUGGCAAACUAUUGUAUUACCAGGCCAUGCUGAUGUCUCUGGUGAUCAUUUAAAUAAGUAACUAGAGGGUUCUGUGUAACAGUGAGGCUCAGUGGCUUAUAGCCAACAGUAACAUGGGAAAUGGUGGCCAAGUGUUAGGGUUGUCAAGCAAUUAAAAAAUUAAUCACAAUUAACAGUGCAAUUAAAAAUUAAUUGCAUUAGUCAUGGUGUUAAUAAUUAAUACCAUUUAUAUAAAUAUACUGAUUUCUGUUACAACGUGUACAGUCCUCACUAUUUUUUAUUACAAAUAUUUGCCCUGUAAAAAACAACAGUAUUUUUCAGUUCCCCCAUUUCAAGUACUGUAGUACAAUCUCUUUAUCAUGAAAGUUGAAUUUACAAUUGUAGAAGUAUGUUAAAAAAAACCUGCAAAAAAAAAUGUAAAAGUUUAAAGCCUACAAGUCCACUCAGUCCUACUUCUUGUUCAGCCAAUUGCUCAGACAAACAAGUUUGUUUACAUUUGUGGAAGAUAAAGCUGUCCUUGCUUUUUGUUUACAAUGUCACCUGAAAGUGAGAACAGGUGUUCACCUGGCAGCGUUGUAUCCAGCAUCGCAAGAUAUUUAUGUGCCAGAUGCGCUAAAGAUUCACAUGCCACUUCAUGCUUCAACCACUAUUCUAGAGGACAUGCAUCCAUGGUGAUGAGAGGUUCUGCUCAAUAAUGAUCCAAAGCAGACCAACUCUAUCAAGACCCACCCCUCUGUCAAGCUCACCAAGCAGACCAAUGCAUGUUCGUUUUCAUCAUCUGAGUCAGAUGUCACCAGCAGAAGGCUGAUUUUCUUUUUUGUUGGUUUGGGUUCUGCGGUUUCCACAUCAGAGUGUUGCUCUUCUAAGACUUCUGAAAGCGUGCUCCACACGUCAUCCUUCUCAGAUUUUGGAAGGCACUUCGGAUUCUUAAAUCUUCUAUCAAGUGCUGUAGCUAUCUUUAGAUAUCUAUCAUUUGCACUCUUUGCAUUCUGACAAAUCUGCAGUGAAAGUGUUCUUAAAAUGAACAAUUAUGUGCUGGGUCAUCAUCCGAGACUGCUAUAACAUGAAAUAUAUGGCAGAAUGCAGGGCAGGAGACAUUGAACUCCCUGGAGGAGAAUUGUGUCACAAAUUUAAUUAACAUUUAUUUUUUUUUUAAAAACAGCCUGGAAGCAUGUCCUCUGGAAUGGUGACUGAAGCAGGAAAGGGCAUAUGAAUGUUUAGCGUAUCUGGCACAUAAAUACCUUGCAAUGCCGGCUACAAAAGUGCUAUGCGAAUGCCUGUUCUCACUUUCAGGUGAAAUUGUAAAUAAGAAGCAGGCAUCAUAAUCUCCCGUAAAUGUUUUGUUUUUGAGUGCAGUUAUGUAACAAAAAAAAUGCAAAAAAAAAUCUACAUUUGUAAGUUACGCUUUCACGAUAAAGAGAUUGCACUAUGGUACUUGUACAAGGUGAACUGAAAAAUACAAAUAUUUGCACUGUAAAAAUAAGAGUAAUAAAAAUAAUAUAAAGUGAGCAGUGUACACUUUGUAAUUGUGUUGGAACUGAAAAUCAAUAUAUCUGAAAAUGUAGAAAAACAUCCAAAGUAUUUAAUAAAUUUCAAUUGGUAUUCUAUUGUUUAACAGCGCAACUAAAAAAAUCAAUAAUUUUUUUUUUUUUUAGUUAAUCGCGAUUAAUCAGCAGCCCUAAUAAUUUAGUAUUUCCACACUAAGGGAUUUAGGUGUUUCAAAUGACAAAGGUAGUACUUUUUUUUUUUUU